UCCGAUUUUUAAGCCCCUCCUGCAGUUCUGCUCGAUUGCUAAUUUAAUAUGGUCUUGGGCUUAAUUUUGUUCUGCAUAGACCCGGAACGCACCUCUGAUCAAUUGGAUGAGAAUCUUCCCUCAAAUAAAUAAAUAAAUUGGAUGACAAUCUGUAAACUGCUGACAUGUUACCAUAAUUUAAUUUAGCCGGAUAUUUGCGCACCUUUGUUCUCAGGAGCACUGACUGCUCAGGAGUACAAAUACUUUGUUCUUUUCGUGGAAGUGCAGAAACAAUUAAUACGGUGGGAAUUGUUUGUUCUUUUGUGGGUAGAACGAUAUUUUUGUGUGUGUUCCAGUUUAUUCAAAUGAUUGUCAUGGUGAUGUGCAGUUAUGAAGUUUCCAAUAACAUGCCCAGUUUGGGCCACCAUUCAGAAAAAAUGUGGUAGAAUGGGUAGGAAAAAAAUUUAAAUAGGGUUUAAUGUGGUUUUCCAGUGCCUAUUUGUAUUUUACCAGAAUCUUUUAAAUGUACCCAAAAAAAAUCUGGAACACAUCUAAAUGCGUGUCAUUUUAUAAUGGGCGGCGAAGGCGACGGCGGCGGCUGCAAGGGCGCCGCAGACGCCGUGCAGGACCUCAUGCUGCCGUUGGGGAUGUCCUUCGCGGUGGUUCUCGCUCAGGUUCUGAAUAAAAGCGGCGGUUCUGGAAGCAGAUUACAACCUGAUUUUCUUUCAAAGAUGUGUACCUCAGCUGUGAAGGAGUCCUUGACAAAUAUAUAUGGAGACAGGUUUGAUAGUUUCAUUGGAAACUUUGAGAAAUCAUUUGGCAGUACACUGAGGACCCUUCAUCUACUCAACGAGGUACCUGCCUGUGAGCAAGAUAUCCCUCAAUGUUCUCACGGUGAUGGUAAUCCUGUGGCGGAGACCAAAUUGAGUGGUGCUGAUUCACAUGGCCCAAUACCUGAUGUCCAGCAGAAUACACUCUUGAAUUCCAUGAAUAAUCAGAUUAUUCUUCACACGAAUGUCAAUCAACAGCUGAUUCAGCUACCUCGUAGCAGAUCUAGUCCAGAAUGUGAUCAGGACAUCCUUAAUGUGUUUGAGAGAUCUCUGAAUGAGCAAGUUCGUUCAAAUGAGCUCAAAGAACUCGAAAUAGGGCUUAAUAUGAGAAAGUUGCAACUAAAGCAAUCUCAUUUAGCUCUGAGCUCCUACUCACACAUGUUAGAGAAGAUCAAGAUCUCUAUGGGAUUUCAGAAAGCUGCUUUCAGAGAGGAGAAAUUAAAGACUCAAAUGGAGGAUAGAAGACAUGCUGAACUCCUCAAGAGGCUUAUAGAUAUGCUUCUGACAGCAGUAGUUUUUAUGUCUGCCUGUUUCGGAUAUGGAACAUAUAUUUAUUCGUACCAGCGGAUAACCGCUGUUACUGCAGCCUGUGCAGCUGCUUCAAGGGAGUCCAAAUCAUGGUGGAUGCCAAAUUCUGUAUCAUCUUUGAACUCAGGAUUACUGUUUUUCAGAUGUCAUCUGAUUGCAGCAACAAGGAUAUCAUUCGGCAUGCUGAUGAUUCUAUUGAUUGGUUGGUUGAUAUUCCAGCGUUCUGCGAUGACUGGACCCAAUAUGCCAAUAACAUUUAAUCUCGUGUUAUUGGGAGGUGUUUGUGGUUUUGUUGGAAGGUUCUGCGUUGACACACUAGGCGGGGAUGGAAAUGUUUGGCUGCUAUUCUGGGAAAUCCUUUGUGCCAUCCAUUUACUUGGAAACAGCUACCCGUCUCUUCUAUAUCGUGGCCUGUAUGGUCCUAUUUCUGUGACACACAGACCCAGGGCUGUUGGUUUGCCGUAUUGGGUUCGCCGGUACAUAUUUUACGCUGUGCUGUCCUUGAUCCUUCCAUGCUUGGCUGGUUUGUUGCCGUUCGCAUCUCUAUCAGACUGGAGGGAACAUGCAGUUGAAUAUAUGAUGUCCAGAUUCACUGGAAAUGACAUUGAGACUUGAGAGAUCAGAUGUGGCCAUUAGCAUGGGAGCAGAAACCUGAGAAGUUUCAUCAGGCAGAGCAACAAUGAGCACAUGCGCAAGAUUGGACCUGUUUUGUGAAGAUGAAGUCAAUGUAGUAAAAGUGUCAUCUUCUGGCCUGAAUCUCCCUUCCUACUUAAUCAUCUGGUGAACCAGGUUUUGAUGGUUGGAUUCUUUUGUCACAGCCGUUAUGUAAUUCGCCUAUGUAAUUUCUUCCCUUUGGGAAAUACAUCAUCAUGGAUGGUUGUGCUCUUUA